UACUUUCUACGCUUUUAAAAACGUUAAAAUGUCUGCCACGAUGGCGCACAAAAUGUCUUCCUACUUUCUUAUCUAUCACUUUUAUUUCUCCCACUAGCGAUAUCGAACUUUUUCCCCUACACAUGUAACAAAUCUUGCAUAAAUAUUUAUAUUUACACAUAGCAUCGAAUUUUCCUUAAACUUAUUUAACAGAGUGAUAAAAAGAAGGCAAAAAAGCGAACUGCGAAAUAGCGUUGCGCUAGGUUAAGAUAUAAAACGACGACCAACUAAAUCCGAAGAACCGCUGAUUCAGUAGAAUAUGAAAUAGAUUCUUGGGAGAAAUUGCACACGUAACCGUGUAUGUACUAUAAAUACCGCGGACAUAAUUCAGCAUCAUCAAGCUUCAAUUUUAAUGAUUUAGGAACAAUGAAGUGGCCACCCUGUAUAUAUAGGCGAGUAGCCGAAAACGAACUAGAAGCAAGGAGUCAAGGAAGGUGGAAGGCCGUGAAGAAAGCCUCUGGUGACCCGAAUUUUUCUUGGCGACGUCACUGGCCUUUGACCUAUUUUCGGCUCACCAUUGAUACAUAUACACAAAGUAUAUUUCCACUGUGGAUACUCGUAAACUGUGCUUCGAUUCCGAAUUCGGGACCUUGCAUUUACCGAUUGCAUUCACCAAUAACUUGAGAGAAUUAUGUAACAUGUCAGGGAAUUUUCGAGAAAAUUCUGUU